AUGGCAAAGAGUACUGCAACUCCAACUAACGAGAUUGAUCUGAAAAGAGAGUUCCACAUGACAGGAGGAGUUGGGAAAACUAGUUAUGCAAGAAACUCUUCCCUCCAGGCAAAAGACAUAACACUAAAGACACUGCAACGACUCUACAAAGAGACAAGACCCAAGAGUUUAGGAAUAGCUGACUUGGGAUGUUCUUCAGGACCAAACACUCUUUCCACCAUUAGAGACAUCAUCAAAGCCGUCAUAUUUGCUCACCACCGUGAGAUACCAACCGAGCCCUUACCGGAAUUAAGCGUCUUCCUUAACGAUCUUCCCAAGAACGACUUCAACUCUAUAUUCAAGUGCUUGCCUGACUUGCACAUAGAGCUCAAGAGAGAUACCAACAAUAAUGGUGAUUGCCCUUCAGUUUUCAUUGCAGCUUACCCUGGAUCUUUCUAUGGGAGGCUCUUCCCUGAAAAAACCAUCCAUUUUAUCUAUGCCUCUUUCAGCUUACACUGGCUUUCAAAGGUUCCUCCAUCUUUGUAUGACGAUAAAGGCAAGUCCAUAAACAAAGGUUGUAUUGGCAUAUGCUCCUCGAGCCCUGAAGCUGUUUCCAAAGCUUACUACAGUCAAUUCAAGGAAGAUUUCUCCAUGUUCCUCCGGUUUCGAUCAAAAGAGGUUGUUGCUGGAGGCAGAAUGGUUCUCAUAAUACUCGGAAGAGAAGGUCCUGAUCAUGUUGGUAGAGGAAACUCUUUCUUAUGGGAACUUCUCGCAAGAUCCAUAGCAGAUCUUGUCUCACAAGGAGAUAUUGAGGAAGAAAAACUCGAUUCUUACGAGAUGCACUUUUACGCCCCAAGUGCUGCUGAGAUUGAAGGUGAAGUGAACAAAGAAGGGUCUUUUGAAUUAGAGAAGCUAGAGAUGAUGGAAGUAGACAAGGAGUGGGGCAAUGAGGAUGGUAUCAGUUACGGAAAGGCGGUUGCAAAGACGAUAAGAGCGGUUCAAGAGUCAAUGCUUGCUCCACACUUCGGAGAAGAGAUUUUGGACAAGCUGUUUGAUACAUAUGGUAGAAUGGUCGACGAGGAGGUUGCUAAGGAAGACAUAAAACACAUCACAUUUGUUGUUGUCCUUAGAAGGAAGCUCUGA